AUCAAAACAUAUUUGGCACAUAUAACUGAAAUUUGAGUUUUCAUUGUUUGAUUGAUGUUUUUAGCUGGUUUAAACAAAAUCUACGGUUAUAUGCGAAUGGAACCGCAUGAGCGGAAACAAAACGUCAACAAAAUGGAUGCUGUUUAUUUUGCUUGACACAGUUGUAUGGGUUAACACUGAAAGAGAACAAGCCAUGAGUUGGUGGAACGCAUCCAAUUUUACUGAUCUAGCUUCCAAGGCAUUGAAGAAUGCCCAGAAAAAAAUAGACAAGGCCUUGGACAUUGAUGGUUCCCCUGAAUCUGAAGAUGGCAAGAAGAAAAGUGAGAAAACUGGAGGGGAUUUCUGGAGCAGCUGGGGCACUGAGGGGCAAUCAGAAGAAGGGAAAAGUGCUUGGUCCCUUCCCUGGGGGUUAGGGGCUGAAGGAGGGGCUAAUACGAAAGAAGAAUCACUGGUAAAAGAGAAAUCAGCAGAAGAGAUCAAGUCAGAGGUUUUGAAAGCAGCUAAGGAAAAAGCUAAAGCAAAAUCAAAAUUGUUUCCAAAGAAGGAUAGAGACAAGAAAGCUAGUGAAGCAGAUGAUGAUAGUGCAUCUGUUUCUGGGAGUGAAAAAGGUGAAAAUGCUGAAGGUGUUGAACAUAGUUUAGGCAGUGAUUUGGCAGAGAUUAAAUGUGCAGAGAAAGAAAUAAACAUUGGGACAAUCAGCAAAAAUGUUUUGGAGAGAACAGAUAAGGAAUCUUUGAUCUCUGGUGAUUCUAAAUGUGUUAGUGUAUUGUUAGAGGGUAGUGCUGAAAAAACAGUUGAUGUUGAGCUGUCGGGAAUAACUUCUAUAGAUGCUAGUGGCUUUCAAGAAAUAAAUGAAGAAGAGGCGGAGAUUUCUUCAGUUUUUAUGGAGGAAAACAUUCAACCUUUUCGCAAAGAAUCUGAAACCUUAUUACCAGCUGGUGACAUAACAGAAGCCUCAACUCAACAGUUGACAAAAAGUCAAUCAACUUUGUAUGAAAAGACUUUAGAAAACUUUUAUAAAGACACAGAGGAUAAUGAAACCAUAUUAAAUGAGCCAGUUCCAGAUGCUAAGAAAAAAGAAAAUUCUGGUUUUAAAGAAUUUAAUGAAACUGAAGCACUGUUGAAUGAGUCUUUAGUCAGUAAUGUUCCAACAGAAGUCUCUGAUGAAACGGUUCUGGAAAAUGAUAAAGACACACUUGGUGCUGAUAUUUCCACUUCUGUGGAGUUUGUGAAUAAGACUGAUGUUUCUGAAGAAUCAUCUGCAAGUGAACCAGAACUGCUUGAUGCAGAUAAGGCAUUAUCAAGUGAAGUGUGCGCUGAUGUGGAAACUGAAAUUUUGAUUUCUGACCAGACUUACCACAAUACAAGAAUUGUAAGAGAUGAUCAGGUAACAGAGUCAGAUUUAUUUGAUAUCACAAAUGAAAGUUAUCAUGAAAAUGUUGAAGAUGUCAGUGUUUAUUCUGAAGGUGAUAAAACAAAUGUCAAACAAGAUUUAUUUGUUAAAAGUGAGUCAUGUCCACAGUUUCAAACCACUGAGUCAGACCCAAAUGUUGCAAAACUUGAUUCCAGUGUAGAAACAUGUACGUCUGAAGAAACCUUGAUAGAUCUGAGUGCCAAUCUAGGUUAUGGAGAUGAAAAAUCUAGCGCAAUGACAAGCUCUAUAAGUGAGGAUAAACCUGAAACUGUUGACAAAAUGGAAUGUGUUGAACUUACAAAAGCUUCAACUCAUUUGGAUAAAAGUAUUGAUGAUGAUAAUGUUGAGGACAUGGCUGACGUAAGCGUGAGAAGUGACAAUUCUACUGAUUCAGAGAAAGGCAGUGAAAAGGCUGAACUCUCGCCAGCCCAUUCCUUUGUGAAGUGCAUGAUAGAUGAUGGACUGGAUGAUGGCAAAUUGGAUGAUAACAGUGACAGUCAUUCCACAGAGAAAUCAGAAGGGUCCAGGAGUAUUUAUAGUAAUCAUGAAUCUGGGGAUGAAAUCGACACCACUACUUCCUCGGAUAUUGAAAUCAUCUCAAUGCCUACACCUAAUGGGGAAAACAGACAGGUAAAAACAUUGGUUUCCCCCCUGGACCCGAUCCCUUUUAGGAUUGCCCUGCAGAAGACUAGCUGGCGAGGCAGUCCCACUCACAGACGGACGGACAGCUCUGACUCUAGCAAUGCUAGCAAGGACAGCAACGAGUUGAGUCCGAGUAGAGACUGUCUUGAGUAUCCAGAGUACCACCAAAAGACUCAUGUGGAAUGUACAGAAGGAGCAAGGUUGAGGUCAGAUUUACCUGCCCUUGAUGAGGAGGAUGACAACCCUUACAGCUCACAGAGAUUACUUAAGGACGGGGAAAAUACUUCAACAUCGCAUGAUACCGAUACUGCCACGAGUCAGUCACAUGACCUAGCUCAAGAGUCAUGUGACCCUAGCAGUCAUUUGACCUUUGACCCGCUGCCUGAUUUAGAAAAGAAACUAGCGGAGAUGGCAGAGGUUCUACAGGCUCGGGAAGAAAAGGUUUUACAUCUGAGCAAGGAGAAUAUGGACCUCAUAGAAUCCAACAGCAUUCUGGCUUGUCAGUUGAAGCAGGCUGAAGAAGCCAGGGAGGCUGAGAUGACAGAUGUUAACGAACUGACUGCGGAGUUCACAGCGCGACUGACAGACGCGGAGAAAAGGGUUACAGCCACAAUACGGGAGAAGGAGGCGAUUAAGAAGCAGUUACAGGAAGCGCAGGCUGAGCUUGCUCGGCGCGCGGGAGACGUGAGCCUCAAAGACACGCUGGCUGAGAAGAAUGAACAGAUAGCUGGACUCCUCCAGGAAGGAGAAAAGCUGUCCAAGGCCCAGCUACAGAGCAACACAAUCAUUAAGAAAUUGAGACAGAAAGAAAAGGACAAUGAGAGUUCAAUCACAUCUCAGAAGACUAAACUGGACACUCAGGAGGAAGAACUCAAACAUUUACGCAAGGUUCUUGACUCUAAGGAAGAAAUGGAGAAGAAACAAACAGAGGCCAUUACCCAGCUCACAUCAGCUGUGAACAAGCAAGAACAGGAAAUGGUCAGACUGAAGAGCGAGCAUGAGGAUGCUACAGAGAAGGCCAGGGGGCUGCAGGCAGCACUGGAUAAUUCAUACAAGGAGAUGGCUGAGCUGCACCGCACGACGGUUGCACAGGACAGCGCAGCCCAGGAGGCCGCUCUCAGCGCAGAGAUGCACGUACGUGAGGAACUCAAGAUAGCCCUCGAGAAACAACAACAACAACACAAGUGGGAGAUUGAGACCCUCAACCUUCAGAUUGAGGAUCAUCGCCUGAGCCUGGCUCGCAUGGAGAAGGAGUACAACAGACGAGAGGACCUGCUGAAACAGGAGAUAGGGGACCUGCAGCAGCAACUUCAGCAAGAUGAGGCACGAACCCAGGAACUCACGCAAGGGGUCUCACUAGCGACGCGUCCAUUGCUACGGCAGAUUGAAAAUCUUCAGUCUACAUACAACGCCCAGUCAGCCACAUGGGAGCGAGUGGAGAAAAACCUCUCUGAAAGGCUUGCUGACCUCCAGACCCAGGUGGCAGUUGCCUCGGAGAAGGAAAGGUCAGCCAAUGAGCAGCUGCUGGAAGUGGGGUCGAGGGUCACAACCUUGGAGACCCAGAACUCGAGGCUGAGACAGGAGAGGUCACAGUUGACCGCACAGCUUGAGAUGCUCAAAACCAAGGUGGAGCUUGCAGAGGAUAACAAAGAGCAAGAGGCUGCCCAGGUGGAGAUGUUGAAGCAGCAGAUGUCACAGGAGCUGCAAGAGGCCAAGAAACACAAGGUGUUGCUGGAGACCCAGUUAGACAUGGAGAAAGCAAAGGUUGAGCAGGAGAGGAAGAAGAUAGCCAUGCUACAGGAGCAACUCAAGGACUUGGAGCGUGAGGUACAGAUGAGUCGUUCUCGAGUCACGCCAGUCCGUGGUACGCCUUCUCCAGUGUCAGUGUCUAGACAGGACAGCAUGGUUAGCAGUAUACACGGGGGUCUGCAUGAACACUUCACUGCAAUCACACAGGAAGAACUAGACCGUAGUUAUGUUCUGUCAUCUCCCAAUGGCAACAAGCAGAGUCUGUAUGAGACACUGAGACAGAACGGGGCGGCAAACCUCCUGGAGAAUUUGCAGUCACAGCUGAAACUGCGCGAGGGAGAGAUACAACAUCUCCAGAGUGAGAUUCGAGGGCUGGAACGUACCCGUGAAUCCAUGGCACGAGAACUUGUGGAUCUCAGUAAUAAAAAUGACGAGUUUGAGGAGAAACUACGAGACUUUCCUCUGCUGGAACAGCAGUACAAGGAGCUAGAUGAGCGCUACAACGCCCUGCUCCAGAUGUAUGGAGAGAAGGUUGAGGAGGCAGAUGAACUGAAGAUGGACCUGCAAGAUGUCAAGGACAUGUAUAAGGCUCAGAUCAACCAUCUGUUGAGUACGACCUGACGUUGGCUACAGGAAUCUGUGACACAAUCUUGCUCUACUGCUUCAUAAAGGAGUCUCUGUUGUGAUAUAAUAUUAUCAACUGUGCCUGUAUGUUAUUUAUGUAACAUUCAAUAGGCAGCAUGCAUGUGAUUUGUGUAACGCUGACAACAUAGCAAAGUCUGACCCUGUCCUAUGAAGGCAAAUACGGAGAUGAGGCCACAAAAGUCAUGGUCCAUACACAGAGUAGUAAAACUUUUGUUAGGUACAAAACGUUAUUAGAAAAUAAAAAAGUUCAUGUAUUCCUUGUAAAUUAUGCUGUGUGCUAAAUUGCAUAAAAAUAAUUACUGGGUAGAUUUUUUCUAACUUCUAAGUAGUUGGGAACUUAUUCCAUGCUUAAUAAUGUGACAAAUAUCUCAGAUUACCGACAGCAAAAGACAAUGUCGGAAAUGACAUACUGAAAUGACCGAUUUCGGAUUUAAAUUGUAUAGAUAAUCGCUGGUACUUGAAUUUGUGGUUCAGCGGACAAACGAAAUCCACGAAAAUUCGUACCACACGAAAUUUGAUGAUUUUACAGUAUUUGAGCUGGUCUCUAGGAAAACCAGGCUUUAUGAAUGUGCGUAAAGUGUCGUCCCAGAUAAGCCUGUGCAGUCUGGGGCGGCUUAUCAGGGAAGACAAUUUCGGCUUAAACAGGAAACUUCCUUUUAACAUUUUUUUUAAUAACAGCAGAGUGUCACCCCUGAUAAGACUUUGCCGACUCUUAUUAGCCCUUUACCACUUAGAUACUUAUUUGUUCGCAUAUGUAGUCUCUUAGAAGUUAAAUUUAAUUGAAGACCUUAAUUACUACAUUCAAGUUUUAAAGGCUUCAUUUCCAACCCGUAGAUACUAAUGAGCAGCAAACAGCAUAAACAUUCUCAAUUUGCUUCUUAUGGGGAAAAGGGUUAGACUACACUUCAUGCACAUGCAUUAAGCCUGGUUAUCACAGAGACUGACUCAUAUAUUUGUAGUGGGAUAAUUAGGUUGACAGAUUUACUGUUAAGUUAGAAUUCAGUGUAUACUUUGAUGUAUACUGUAAUGUUCACUCUAUCUAGCAUACUUUUUAACCAGGUUUUCCGAAGGAAAAAACUGGUUAUUAGAUUGGCGAAUGUCGGCGGGUGGGCGGGCUGGCGGGCGGAACAAGCUUGUCCGGGCCAUAACUUUGUCGUUCAUUGUGAGAUUUUAAAAUCAUUUGGCACAUUUGUUGCCAUCAUUAGACGGUGUGUUGCGCGAAAGAAUUAUGUUGAUAUCUCCAAGGUCAAGAUCACAAUUUGAGUUCAAAGGUCAAAAAUGGCUAUAAAUGAGCUUGUCCGGGCCAUAACUUUGUCGUUCAUUGUCAGAUUUUAAAAUCAUUUGGCACAUUUGUUCACCAUCAUUAGACGGUGUGUUGCUCAAAGAAUUACGUCAAUAUCUCCAAGGUCAAGGUCACACAUUGAGUUCAAAGGUCAGAAAUGGCCAUAAAAAAGCUUGUUAGGGCCAUAUCUAUGUCAUUUAUUGUGAGAUUUUAAAAUCAUUUGGCACAUUGUUCACCAUCAUGGGACGGUGUGUGGCACGAAAGAAUUACGUCAAUAAUUUCAAGGUCAAGGUCACCACGACUAAAAAUAUAUUUAUUUUUGAUACAAAUGGGGUUAAUUAUAAACAAUUAUCAGAUAAAGGGAGACAACUAAAACUGAACUGAUUAAAUCAGUUCAGUUUUAGUUGUCUCCCUUUAUCUAACUUUUUUCACAUUGAAAACCUCGUUUUGUUACAAUUUUGUCCCUUGUUUCUCAAUAUCAGGGUGAUUUUUUUCGCAGAGCGGGAUAUAAAUGUAUUAUAUUGAGGAGUUAUAUGGGAAAAAUACAGUUUGUUUUUUUACCAUUUUUGGAAAUGGGCCGUUGCCAUUUGGAUUGGGAAAAAUCACGCCUUUUUGACUUAAUAGGGAAAUUAAGUUGAGAUCUUGCAAUUUAUCAAAUAUAUGAGCCGUACUCUGUGAAAAAGGGGUUUAAUGCAAGUGCGUAAAGUGUUGUCCCAGAUUAUGAUAUUUUUAGUUUAAAAGUCUCUUCUUAGCUAAAAUCUAGUGCAUGUGCGUAAAAUGUUGACCCUGAUUAGCCUGUGACGACUGCACAGGCUUAUCUGAGACGGCACUUUACGCACAUUCAUUUAACCCCUUUUCACAGAGCGAGGCCCAUAUUAAUAUUUUGGAAAGUUUAAAUUGGGAAUAUUGGGUUGUAAUUUGGGGAAAAAUAUCAUCUUCUGGAGGUUUGACUGGGGCCAGUUGUACUUUCACAAGGUUUUAUACUUAUGCUCAUUGUGCCAUUAAUCUAUAGUUGUAAAAAGUUUCUUAAAUAAGUUCUUUAGAAAACUGGGUAAAACUCAAACAAACACUUUUUGUAAACAAAUCAUUUUCAAAUGUCUCACUUAGAUGUGAAUGUAAGUAUAAGAAUGGGUUGGCGAUAGUAACCAGGAACAUAGUCAUUAUAAGAAAUAAAUUCAUAUUUUAUCAAUGUCAUUGUAGUUCAGAAUUUAGCCUUGUUCUGGAAAAUUGGGCUUAAUCCUUGCACAUAAAGUGUCAUCCCAGAUUAGCUUAAUCCUUGCACAUAAAGUGUCAUCCCAGAUUAGCUUGUUCAGUCCUCAUGCAUUAUGCCAAGUUUUCCCAGAACAAGAAGUAAUUAUAUGUGAUGUAUAUGCCUCUUCUAUGUUCUUCUGUUAAUGACCAAAAGAAUAAUCAUAUACAUACAAUGCUAUCAUUGGGUUUUACUUUUCGAUUCUGUUGUUUAAAUACUGAUUAUAAAAUAUUUUGGGGAAAUAGUGUUUCAUGUUGCGGUAUUAUCUGUGAUCAUUUUUCAUUUUAAUCAUUACAUUAUCUUUAAAAUCCAUCUUUUAUGUGCACAUAAUAUGGUUGUCUACUUAAACAGCUUUUCAUAGUUUAAUGGGUCAUUUGUUGAUUUGUGUGCCUGUUUUGCUGAAUUUUAAUUUCUUCCUGAAAUCCUGGCUUUAUGCAUGUAAGUAAAGUGUCAUCCCAGAUUAGCCUGUGGGAACUUCCUUUAUCAGAGACAACACUGUCUGAGGAAACUGGAUUUUUUAAUAAAAUCAGAUUCCUUUAUGCAAAAAAUACCAUAAAGUGGAAAGUUGUGUCCCUGAUUAGCCUGUUUGGAUGACACUUUAUGCAUUAAGACUCAUUUUACCAGAGCCUGGCUCAUUUGUGUUGAUGGGUUGAUGAAGCUGGGUAUUAUUCACAGCUCUGUUUAUCAUUUAUAAUAAUGACAUAGCUUUUGAAAAAAAUAUUUCAAAUGAUGAGAUAUCCUCCUGCUUAGAAAAGAAGUUGAUGAAUUUUGUAAUAAAUAGUAAAUAUUGAGAAUUGAGACAAUUGAAUGUGUGAUGUACAAUUAUUUACAUUUUUAGCUCACCUGAGCACAACAUGCUCAUGGUGAGCUUUUGUGAUCGCCUUUUGUCCAUCGUGCAUCGUCCGUCGUGUGUCAUCCACAUUUUGCCUUGUGAACACUCUAGAGGCCACAUUUAUUGUCUGAUCUUCAUGAAAUUUAGUCAGAACAUUUGUCCCAUUGAUACCUCGACUGAGUUUGAAACUGGGUCAUGCUGGGUCAAAAACUAGGUCACUAGGUCAAAAAAAGAAAAACCUUGUGAACACUGUAGAAGUCACAUUUGAUGCCCAAUCUUCAUGUAACUUUGUCAAAAUGUUUGUCUAAAUGAUAUGUUGGUUGAGUUCAAAAAUGGUUCCGGUCCGUUGAAGAACAUGGCCGCCAGGGGGCGGGGCAGUAUUCCUUAAAUGGCUAUAGAGAAACCUUGUGAACACUCUAGAAGUCACAAUUUUUGCCCAAUCAUCAUUAAACUUGGUCAAAACAUUGGUUUCAUUGAUAUCUCGGACGAGUUAGAAAAUGGUCCAGGUAAAAUCUUGUUAACACUAGAGUCCACAUUUAUUUUCCGAUCUUCAUGAAACUUGGUCAGAAGAUUCAUCCCAAUAAUAUCUUGGACAAGUUAAAAAAUGAUGCCCGUUGGUUGAAAAACAUGGCCGCCAGGGGGGGGGCAUUUUUCCUUAUAUGGCUUUAGUAAAACCUUGUUAACACUCUAGAGGCCACAUUUAUUUUCCAAUCUUCAUGAAACUUGAUCAGAAGAUUUGUCCUAAUGAUAUCUUGGAUGAGGUCAAAAAUGGUUUCGGUUGCUUAAAAACAUGGCCACCAGGGGGCGGGGCAUUUUUCCUAAUAUGGCUAUAUAUCAUGCUUUUGUAAAACCUUGUUAACACUCUAGAGGCCACAUUUAUUGUCCGAUCAUCAUGAAACUUGGUCAGAUGAUUUGUCCCAAUGAUAUCUUGGAUGAGUUUGUAAAUGGUUCCGGUUGGUGGAAAAACGUGGCUGCCAAGGGGGCUGGCAUUUUUCCUUAUAUAGCUAUAGUUAAACCUUGUUAACACUCUAGAUGUCGUAUUUAUUGUACGUUCAUCAUGAAACUUUGUCAGAAGAUUUGUCCCAAUGAUAUUUUGGACAAGUUCGAAAAUGGUUCCAGUUGCUUGAAAAACAUGGCCACCAGUGGGCGUGGCAUUUUUCCUUAUGGACUUAUGAAUCUUCAUGAAACUUUGUCAGUAUAUUUGUUUCAAUGAUAUCUUGGAUGUGUAUGAAAAUGGUUCUGGUCUGUUGAAAAAGGUGGCUGCCAGGGUGUUCACUAGUCAUGAAAGUUGGUAUGAACAUAUUGUUCUGAUGACAUCUUGGGCUGCACAGAACAGGUCAGUUCCUUUGAAUCUCAGGUGAGCGACUUUGGGCCUUUCAGGCCCUCUUGUCUACAAAUUGCAUAAGAGGUACAUUAAAUAGUUGUAUGAUAUAUGUGAUUACAUGUAUGCAUUGCUUAUUUAUUUCAUUGUUUUAAAUUUGUUAUUAUCUUAUGUAUUAAAUACAUAAUGAUUAUUACUGUAUUGGAAUACAAUGUGGCAAAUAAAACACAUAAACAUUA